AAUCGCAAAUGUCGAUUGUUUUUAUCAGAGCCUACUUUUCUGUCUGACUGUGAUAUUUUUGUUAUUUAUAUUGUUUGUAUUUUUUUAUUUUAAAAGCUGUUUUAAAAAUACGGAAACGUUUAGUGAGCAAAACUGACUUCGUCUAAUAAUAAAGAAUAAAAAUAAGAAGAUAAGUUAUCCAUGGUGAAAGAAGUGAACUUUUCGGUGAUCUAUUUUUGCGAAGCGACGAUAAAAAUAACCGCAAGCGCGAUUUUAAUAUAGAAAACACCAAGCUGAGAAGUUUUUUAAAAUAUUAACGCAAUAUUCUAUGCCUUAAGAAAAUCUGCCUUAUAUUCCGAUAGUACUUUUAGUUUUGCGGCUUGACAACAAUAACAAACCGGACGCGAAAAAUAUGAAAUAUUCCCCAGAAUAUCUGCACAGGUGAAAAAAAUCGAUUUUUAGCGUGGAUUUUAAUUUUUACGCCGCAUUAAAACAUAUUUCCAUUCGAAACUUCAACGAACAACCAACAAUACAACGCUUAAAAUAUUAUUAAUUCCGAUUCCAACGAAUUUUUUAUACAUCGUUACGAAAGAAAAGAAAAUGAAAGACACAGUAAAAAGACAAUUUCGUAGUGACAAUAUUGAACAAUGAUGGACAUUAUCUGAAAAAUUCGAGGGGUGAUAAAACAUGCCUGUUAGGAGAGGUCUGGUGGCACCAAGAACUACUCUCAUAGAAACUAUUAUUAGAAAAUUUGAUACUGACAAUCGUUCGUUCCUCGUGGCAAACUACUCCAAACCGGGACAAUGCAACAUAAUCUACUGCUCGGACGGCUUCUGCCGCUUGGCCGGCUACUCGAGGGCGGAAGUGAUGCAACGCUCAGCCUCCUGUUCUUUUCUGUGCGGACCGUUGACCUCACAACAGGCCGUCAACGGGCUGAGAGAGGCGCUCCAGAAAGGAAUAGAAAAGCACGCCGAAGUCUUAUAUUAUCGAAAAGACGGUUCAAAGUUCCUAUGCUCCGAAGUGAUAGCGCCGAUACGCAGCGAGGUGGAUGACAUCAGCUUAAUCAUCAUCAACUUCGAGGAUCUCACGACGGCUCCGGCGCCGUCUCUUGAAAGCAGCCCCGUCGGCAAAAAUAGGUUAAGUAAAUUCGACAGAGCCCGUGCCUCGUUCCGUCAGAGUCUUCGCCUCGGCAGAGGGCGCGCCCUACGACUAGGAGGAUACUUGACACCUCCCAGUGACGUCACAGCCGCCGAAGAGGAGGAGGAGACGUUGGAACAAUGCCCCUUAACUUCCAACUCGCCCACGCCUAUACUCUCCGAGCAGACGUGGGUGACGCGGACCGAAGCCCCCCAGGUGCCCCAUGCCAGUCCCCCCGCUCCCUUCCACGUGGGAGCCGUGCAUCGGACUCCCGACUACACUGCACUGACAAUAAGUCACAGCGCGCCCACCAGUCAUCAGGCUAGUUUUGAAAGGGGCGAAAGCCAGGAACGGGGGGUAAUUGGUACUAGAAAUAAUGGUAACAACGGAAGCAAUAAUAGGCAUUUACAUUAUUCCAAUCAAAACGCUAUUAGUGUACAUAAAGUAACGCAUGCCACAAGUUUAGAUGCCAUAGCUAGGAGACAAUGUUUCAGAACGGGAUAUCCAGCACAAACUUUAUCAAGUAAACCAAUUUUAAGUAAACAAUUUCCAAACGUUUCUUCGGAAAGCGACCUUCAGAGGUAUCGAACAGCUCAACAGUCCAACGAUAGAAAAAGUCCAAGUCUUUCGAAUCCAACAGAUUCAGUUAAACAAAAGGUUUGUCCACAAUUUUCACUUCAAGACAACGGAUCAGCCAAAUAUUUCCAAAGUGGUAUUCACACACCAAAAAUGGGAGAAAAAGUUGCACAGGUAUUAUCAUUGGGAGCAGACGUUUUACCUGAAUACAAACUGCAGAAUCCAAGAAUACAUCACUACACCAUCCUCCAUUACUCCCCUUUCAAAGCAGUUUGGGAUUGGAUAAUCUUAAUUCUGGUGAUGUACACUGCUAUAUUUACACCAUACGUCGCUGCAUUUCUACUGGGCGAGCCAGAUUUCAACAACAGGAAGUCGAAAAAGUAUAGCGAAGAUCCGAUUGUUAUAAUUGACUUAAUUGUUGACGUGACAUUUAUAAUCGACAUACUCAUCAAUUUUCGAACGACGUAUGUCUCCGGAAACGACGAGAUCGUCUCGGAUCCGGGCAAGAUAGCGAUUCAUUAUUUGAAAGGCUGGUUUCUAAUAGACCUGGUGGCGGCCGUUCCAUUCGACUUGCUCUUCUUCGGCAGCAACACUGACGAGGAUUCGCAAAGUAUUAACGAAAAGCAACAGACAACAACACUGAUCGGUCUCCUGAAAACAGCCAGACUAUUGAGAUUGGUAAGGGUCGCUCGUAAAAUUGACAGAUACUCGGAAUAUGGAGCGGCCGUUCUUCUGCUGCUUAUGGCCACAUUUGCAUUGAUUGCCCAUUGGCUUGCAUGCAUAUGGUAUGCUAUUGGCAAUGCUGAGCGUCUGCCCUACCGAAUUGGCUGGUUGGAUAGUCUGGCCAACGACACAAAUCAGCAGUACUUAGAGAAUGGCACUGGUGGUCCAAGUAUUAAAAGCAGAUACGUUACGGCAUUGUAUUUUACGUUUACGUCACUGACAAGCGUAGGAUUUGGCAACGUGGCUCCAAACACCGAUGCGGAGAAAAUCUUUACGAUCUGCGUCAUGUUGGUUGGAUCACUGAUGUAUGCCAGUAUCUUCGGCAACGUUUCGGCAAUCAUUCAGCGUUUAUACUCAGGCACCGCACGGUACCACACGCAAAUGUUGCGGGUACGGGAAUUCAUCCGGUUUCAUCAGAUUCCCAACCCCCUACGCCAACGACUGGAAGAGUACUUUCAACAUGCCUGGACCUAUACGAACGGCAUCGAUAUGAACUCGGUACUGAAAGGAUUUCCUGAGUGUCUGCAAGCCGACAUAUGUUUGCACCUGAAUAGGAACCUGCUACAGAAUUGUAGUGUGUUUGAAGGAGCCAGUCCAGGAUGUUUAAGAGCUCUUACCCUAAAGUUCAAAACUACUCACGCGCCCCCUGGAGAUACUUUAGUUCAUCGAGGUGAUGUGCUGACGUCGUUAUACUUUAUAUCGAGAGGCUCAAUUGAGAUAUUGAGAGAAGAUAUUGUUAUGGCUAUUUUGGGGAAAUACGAUAUCUUUGGAGAAAAUCCCUGUUUGCAUCCGACUAUAGGAAAGAGUGCCUGCAACGUGAGAGCAUUGACUUACUGCGACUUACACAAAAUCCACAGAGAUGACCUUUUAGAUGUUUUAGAGCUCUACCCAGAAUUUUACAACCAUUUUUUAACCAACCUGGAAAUUACAUUUAAUCUCCGAGAUGAGGAGCAAGCUGGAGUUGUUCCAAGAAGAUCUUUUUAUCCGAAAGGCAAGGAAAGUAGAUAUUUUAGAGGAGUGCCUUCUAGGUCUAACGGAUUAAGUUCGAGAGGAAAUUCGGUAAAUGGUCGACAGGAAAGCCAAUACAGCGACGAAUCGGAAUCAGGUCAUGGAAUCUUGGAAUUUACCACGGAUAAAGCUGGUCAAGACGUGACACCUUUAAAUUUAAACUUUGGUGAAGAAAAACGGCGAUCUUCUACACUAAAUUCAAUAACAGGCAUGUUAUCGCAACUGAAAAGGAGCAUUCCAGAUCUCAGAUUACACAAAACGCACCAGCCAUUAGUAGAACACUCUUCAUCUUUUAUUGUUAGCCUAUUCUUUCAUCGGAUGAACUAUAAAGCUCAAGCCACGCCCCCGUCCUCACAUCGCGUCCGUACUAUUCGUCGGCAAUCGUCAGUUGACACCCAUCAGCACAGCUCGGCCCCGCCCCCAGCCGCGUCUCACGCUCACACCAGUGCACCCUUGUCUAGUAGCACCAGUUACUAUACAAACAGUCCCAGUCCACCCGUACCUCAGAUAGAACAGCCACAUGGAGAUGAGAUUUUAGUUCCCGUCGACGCUGGAGGAGGGCAACCCUCUUCGCAUUCCGCCACCAAUGCAGUCCAACAUUCCGAAAAAGAUGGUGAAAUACUUUACGUCAGCCGUUCGCAUCUAGAAGCUUUACAUGGCCAAUUAGAAUCGUUAAGUAGAAAAGUGGAAACGUUAGAAAGUUCGCUUGGCAACGAUGUCAGAAUGAUACUGGCGCUAUUACAAGACAGGCAGGGUAGUCAAGUGACAACGAUAGGGCAACAGUGUUCCAGUCAAAUACAAGGACUCUCGCAAGGAUCGGCCGGUUGGACUAUUGACGAAGUCACAGUAUUAAAGGGAUCAGAGGUACCAGAAUAUGAAAAUUUAGUAUUAGAACAGUCAUCAUCUAGUCGCAGCAGAACAACUUUCCAACGUUCUGUGAGUGAACCUAAACCUAUUUCAAGAAGUCAUCAUUCCCAAGUAUUACACAGAUUUGCCUCCUUUAACAAAGCUUUCGACUUUGACAAAUUCCAAGACCCCUCCUGGGUAGAAUGUCUUAUUACUAAAGAAAAAGAUACCAUGGAGGAAAAAAUCGCUCCUAUAGCUAAAUUAGAAUCUCUAGAUGAAUUAGAUUUGGAAUCGCCUCUCGGUAGCCCUACAAAGAAACCAAAAAAAUAGCGAUUGUAGUUAGUAGGAAGCUACAGAAAACUGCACUAAAUACCGCGAUUUUACUCCUCGCCAAAGUAUUAAGUUAAGAGACAUGCUGCAAAAAUUGUCCAUCGUAUAUAUACACAUACUGAUUAUAAUAACUAUGUUACCAAAAAAAAAAGUAAGUUAUUCAUAUACGAAAAAGAUUUUUAUAGGUUAUCAAAUUAACCGCAGUCACCAACAAACCAUUUAAUUGAAAGCAUGAGUUAAACUGUGUCUUUGUAUUUUUUUUAUUAUAACCAUGGACGUACCAUCAGUUAGGCUAGGGACAAGAAUUCAAGCCCUACGCAUCCCUAUGACUGGCGUAUUUAAUAGGUAACCUUAAUCUUUAUACAAAAUUUAAAACAGAUACUUAUUAAAUUAUUUAAUAAAAAAAUUAAAUAUCAAAAUCUCCGGUACCUACCUAUUAAAUACACUUCCUACAAAAAUAUACAGACUUGGUUGGACAGACUAAAUAUUAUCGUUGAUUGAAGAAAUAAGAUUAUGCGCAACCUUAUGUAUGGGCGAUUUCGUGGCACAAAACAUAUCCGAGAUAUAGCUGGCGAUACCGUCAACGCUGGCGAUUGCGCCGCUGAGCGCUGAUAGUGCGUUUACAAUGCAGCGGAUAAAGAAUACUGUACCGUAGUUUUACUUUCAGUCGACAGAGUGGUUGGUUGUCGGAGACAGUGUUGCCAGAACUACGGAUUAAUCCCUACAUUUACGGAUUUUACGUUACGGAGUACGUUAAUAAAUAAU